CUGCAAAGUAAGAAAUAAAUGUUCAGUUCUGAAAUAAAGUCAUUUUUCUAUUAACUUAAUUAUUUCAAUUUUUUUGUUUCUUAAAAGUCCUUCAAUCAGAUCAGACUGUUAGGAGAACUAGUGAACAGUGUCUUCCUCCAAAGCCCACACUACCAAGUCAGCGCUCCAAAUUCAAGAGUUGGCAUUGUCCACCUACAUCAUCAGGUCCGUCAAUGUAUGAAGAGGAAGCUUCCAGUGCUAAAACAACAGGUGGAAGAAAAGCAUUUGCAGACAUAUUAUCACAACUGAAGAUGCAACAUUGCAGGAAGUCCAAACUGUCACUUAAGGAUGUGCUAAGUAUUGGAAAUGAAUCUGUAAAGAAUAUUGAGAUUAGGGCUGUUGAAGACAUCCCCCAGUACUUUUUGCAGAAAGUUUUGGCCUUUGAUGGUGGUGCAAGAAGCACAACAUUAAACCAGCCAUCACCUUGCAAGACAGAUGAAUGGGAUUUAAUAUUCAAUAAAUCUGAAGUCAUGGAUUCUAAUUUAGAAAGUCCUGUCCAUCCACUUGAUGUUAUAUGCGCUGUUUUUCAUUGUUCAGAUAACUUUUUGCAACAAGAACUCGUAUCUAAAAUGUCCUUAUGCCAAUUUGCUGUCCCUCUAAUUCUUCCACCUGGUGAUGGCACAGAAUGUACCUUCUUGCUGUGGGCACUGAGAGGUAUUGUAAAAAGAUGGAGGCCUCACUCGUUAGCUGAAAAUAGAGGCUUUAUUGAAAACAAUAUUGUGAAUGUACAUAUGCCAACAUUUUCUUUUGUCAGGCUGGGGGAGUGCAACUUAUCAAAGUCCAAAAUCCUUAAUCAACUGCUUUGCCAAUCUCAGGCAUAUUAUGACAUUUUUGUGAAUCAUGAUAUGGACUGUGGAAAUGGAGAAAAAAGAAUUGCCGAUGGAUUAGUGGAAAUUUCUUGGUUCUUUCCUGGAAGUAUAAAUAAAUCUGAAAUAUUCCAAGAACCUGUGGCAGUCACCAAUUUGCGAGGAGACUUGAAGUCCAACUGGAAACAAUUUGCAUUUCUAACGAAUGUUUCAUCAGGAGUGUUUAUAUUUACCGAAGAUUUAUCUGAAAAGGAAUAUGAAUUACUUUUGUCAUGCAAAGAUGCCAAAACACAUUACUAUUUUAUUAUUGACAUAAGCAGUUAUAAACAGCCAAAUCAGAAAACAAUAGACAUAGUGAAAAAGAUGUCUGAACAACCUAAAGUUCACUUUUUAAAGACCAAUAUUAGAAACUCCAAAGAACUGGUUAGACAAAUACAACAAAUAGCCAUUCAACGUUUUGAGACCCAAGUAUGCCUCCAGGACCUGGCUGCUACAGCCUCUAAACAUGGCAUCCAAAUAGAUGAGAAUUCUCCAGAAUGUCAGAAAGCCAAAACACAAGCAAUUUCAAUCACAAGUGAAAUAAAAAAUGUGUCAGAGUUUAAGAAAAAAUCAAUGCCACUUCAGGGGGAUCUAUGGAAAGAAUUAUCCAAAAUGGAAAAAGAGUUGUGUAGAAUGAAGUACCAAGGAGACACUAACAUUAGUACUUAUAAAAGGGAACUGGUGAGAAAAUGUUUUGGUAUACACAGGACACAAUACCAAUGUGAGCUACCUCGUAGCAUAAGGAGCUAUAUGAAUAGUUUGAUGACAUUGUCCACAGUGGAAAGAGGUUAUUUUAUCAGAUGGAUGAAAUUUUAUUUGGAGGAAAUUACAAGAAAUGGUCAGACAGAAUACAAAGAGAAAUACAGCGAACUGUCAAAGAAUCAACCUGAAUUGAAUCAAUUACAACAUAAAAUAUCUGACAACUCUUUAGGAGUUGAUCACUUUCUGCGUGAGCUGGGGCAGUUCUAUGAAGCAGAAUGUUGCAUGGUGGAUGAAAAUCAAAUACAAGCAAACCAAAAGCAGUUCACUAAACUCCCAGCAGUGGCAGCUGAUCUCCUUUUGGAUGGCUUCCCAUUAGAACUGAUGGAUGGAGAUGCCUCCAACAUCCCUCUAAAAUGGAUAACAGAUGUUUUAAAAGAGCUAAACAAGAAGAUAGAGGGAAGAUGCAGAAUGAGAGUUAUCACUGUGCUGGGAAUGCAGAGCACAGGGAAAUCCACUCUUCUGAACACCAUGUUUGGGUUGCAGUUCCCUGUGGCCAGUGGGCGUUGCACACGAGGGGCGUUUAUGUCACUGAUUGAAGUGAAAAAAAAAUUCCAAAAGGAACUGGGUUGUGACUUUAUUUUAGUGAUUGACACUGAAGGUUUGAAGGCUCCCGAACUGGCUUCCCUUGAGGGCAGUUAUGAACAUGACAAUGAGCUGGCAACUUUAGUAGUUGGGUUGAGUGAUAUCACCUUAGUAAACAUGUCCAUGGAAAAUGCCACUGAAAUGAAAGAUAUUUUGCAGAUAGUAGUCCAUGCAUUUCUUAGAAUGAAAGAAGUUGGAAGGAAACGCAACUGCUUCCUUGUUCAUCAGAAUGUGAGUGAUGUUUCUGCUUAUUUGAAUAACAGAAUAAAUAGGAACAAACUUUUGAAUGAACUAAAUGACAUGACAAAAGUUGCAGCAAAAAUGGAGAAAAUUGAAGUCCCUGUGUAUUUCUGUGAUAUUAUGAAUUAUCAUCCUGACAAACAUAGUUGGUACAUUCCUGGGCUUUGGCAUGGUGUCCCACCAAUGGCCCCAAUUAACUCUGGGUAUAGUGAAAACAUUUUAAAAAUGAAGAAACACUUGAUUGAAUUCAUAAAAAAAAGCCAGAACUCUGGUCCCCAAAACAUUGAUUCUUUUACAGAAUGGAUGAACAGUUUGUGGAAAGCUGUGAAAUAUGAGACAUUUAUAUUCAGUUUUAGAAACACCCUUGUUGCCGAGGCUUAUGAACAAUUAUCUACUAAAUACUCAGAGUUGGAAUGGAAUUUCCGUAGUCAGGUUUAUACAUGGCUAACAGAGCAAGAAAAUCAUAUCAAAAACCAACCUCAAAAUAAACUAACAUUUGUAACAACGGAAUUACUACAGAAUGGAACAACUGAAUUAUUGGACAGAGAAGAGGCCUAUAUGAAAGAGCAGCUAAAAUUAUUCAUUGACAGAAGCAUUAGCAAAAUAUAUGUUGCUGAGAGAUACCGAGCUGAUUUCAUGAGCUGUGUCAAAUGUUUGCGCCAUAACAUGGAAGUCAUUAUUUCAAGUAAAUGCCAGGAAAUAGUGAAAAUCCAGAGUGGGAAACAUGAAAUAAAGAAUGUGCAAGACAGUUGCCUUAAAUUAAUUGAAGAAAAAGUGAAUAUACAUUUGAAAAAUCAUAGAGCAAAAUCAUGUGAUAUGAGUGACACAGAACUUAGAAAGGAAUUUGACUUGAUGUGGGAUACAAUUUUGCAAGAGCUGCAGGUCGGUCGGUUAAAAAAACACAGAAUUGAUAGUGAAAUGCUUGAUCAAUUUAAAAAAGAAAUGACAAAUAGAGGAAGUCUUGUGAUGGAAAUACUGAAUAAUGUAACAUCUCUAAAGCAUUAUGGACAGCAUUUUUUUAAGAUGGAUAAAAGCUAUAUCAACAUUCCUUUGUGGACAUCAAAAAAAGUCAAAGAAUUUUUUACAAGCGACUGCUAUAAAAAACUAGGUAAUAUUGCAACAUUCUUAGAAUCUAGGUGCCAGAACUACGUCACAGACAAAAUUAGAACAGGAGAAGAUUACAAUGAGAUAUACUGUCAGGAGCUGCUGAACAUGAUUAAUCAAAAACUGAACCGAGAAGAAGUGAGAAAACUUCAGCCCACUACUAUGUUUGAGGUUAAUCUAAAGUUACACAUUUUAGGGGCUGCAGCUCCUCAGUUUCAGAAGAUGCAUGAUGACUUUGGCUUGAAAAAUGAUCCCAGGCUUCUCAUAAAUAGAUUAAAACCACAGUAUUUUGAUAUAUUGAAAAACAAACUAAAAGAGAAAGAUGAAUCCAAUGCUCGAACUAAAGAUUUCUGUGAUCAGUGUUUGACACCUGCAAUUACUGACUACAUUUACAAGAAUCUUGGCAAAGAAAUAAUUGAUGACAUUUUGAAAGAUUCCUUGUACGUCAAAUUCAACAGUCGGAACAAUUUGAACUUUAAGAUUCUGAAAGAACUGCUUGAAAUUAACAAAUUUGAAAAUUAUGCAGAAUACAUCACAAACUAUGAGAUUUAUGUGAAAAGAUGGAUUUCAAAAUACAUUGUGAUGAAAUAUACAAAGACUUCAGGCCUGGAUGUAUUGAUAACAAAGAUUAUUUCUUCUGUUACUAAAAAAAUCCAAUCUGCUCUCACUGACAAAAAUGUCCAAAAGAGUCAGAAUGUUUCAGAAUUUUUUGAACUAUUUCGAAAAAUGUUAUGUAAACACUUGGUGAUUUCUGACAAUGCAAUGAAAGUAAUAAUUUUCCAAAACACAGCAAAUAUUCCCCAAAUCUCAACUGAUAUUGACUUUUAUCUCGGGAAAUGUCAAGAAAAAAUCAGAUCAGAAAUGAAACAUUUAGGAAUUGAAUCUAUACUUGCCUGUCUGUUGCUAAAACCUCAAGAUGAGUUGCUCAAAAAGGUGUUGGGAUGUGGGAAAAAGUGCCCAUUUUGUAAUGUUCCUUGUGAAGCCAAAGGAGAUGACCAUCAGGUACACUUUGCAUCCGCUCAUCGGCCCAAGGGUUUAGCCGAAUACAGAUUUUCAGAUGACAAUGGUUUUUGUUCAACAACAUGUUCAACUGCUAUCAUAUCUAAUGGCGCAUUUAGAAAUCCAGACACAGAAGGAAAAUGGCAUCCAUAUAGAGAUUAUCGAUCUGUCUAUCCACAGUGGGUCAUACAACCAGAGAUAAACUCAACAUCUUCGCUUUAUUGGAAAUUUGUGCUUGCACGUUUCAAUUAUGAUUUUGCAAAUCUUUUUCAAACAAAUCCAGCAGAAAUCCCACAGGAAUGGCUGAAAAUAACUCAAAGACAAGCUCUCAGCAGCUUAGAAAACAUGUAUAACAUAAAAUAAAGUCCACCAUCUAUGAAAAGACUAUACAGGAAAAAUUCAAUCUCACAUAUCGAUGAAAGACAUAAAGCACUUAAAUUUAAAUAUUUUUUUAAUUUAAUUAAAUUGAAUUGAAUUGUAUUGCUAACUUCACAUUUAUGCCUUUGAAACUUUCUUUCAUAGCAGGAAAAAUUCUAAUAUGUGCCCCCCCCCUUAAUAUAUGAAGAUCACAUUUCUGUGCCAAGCAUACCAAAAAAUAAAUGGAUCAAUCUUACUAAAACUGAUAUUUCAAUAGUUUGGGUGCUACAGCAACAACCUCAUUACUUUUUACUUGAAAACCUCUCAGCAAGAUGUACACAAAAGGCUAGGUGGGUGUCUUUUUUAGCAUCCCCCAUCUAACAAGUUUUAACCUAUUAUUUGGAGUUUUGGGGCAGUUACCGAAAACCUGUAUAAAAGAAAGCACUGGACAGUAGUAGGGCUUUUGCGUGUGAGUACAGCAGGAGCUGGAAAGACUGGAGUGAAGGUGAAAGACUGAGCCAACAGAUGAUCCAGAGGUCCUGAUUAAGAGAGAGAAGUUGACCACCAUGUUUUCUUUCACUGUGUUUGUUGGUGACUAUGAAUUAAUCAGUAAUGGUAAAUAAUGUAAAUAUUUUUUCUUUAAUCAUUUAGUUGUAACAAUCCAUUCAUUUAUCAUUCAGUAAAUUCAUUUUAAUAUACACGUAUUGGUGUUAAUUAUUUGUCUGUUUUCUUAAAAGAACCAUAACCCUAGUAAGGGUGAAUAACAUUAUAGCAAUCCUAUAAACCAUGAUUUGGGGGUUUAGUCAGUCAAACUGGGUCUCAAAAAGAUUUUCUUCCUUGUGGUGCUACAGGAGUCCUGUGUCUCCGCUACAGGGGACAGCAGGUACACUAUAAUUUGACAUGCUUCCACCCAGGGUCAGGUCAGACUGGACUGUAAUACUCCUCCCUAAACCGAAGUCAUACAAUACAGAAGAAAGAUUGACUUUUAAAAGGAAGAAAGGUUGUACUUGUAAACAACUGUGAUGCAUACAGCCUGCUGACCAGGAGCAACGUCCCAGAAUAAUGCAGAUGGUGAUCUAUGAGCUACUGAGGACCAUUUCUUUAGAUUCCUGAGAAAAACUCCCUUUGUCUUUCUGCUGUGCCUUGAGAAGAGCACAUUUUCCUCUUCAGAGCCAGGGGUGUAACUAUAGAGGAAGCAGACCCUGCAGCUGUGGGAGGCCCAGGAUGUAUAGGGCCCCCAUGAGGCCCUAAUUAAUGAGCAAUUUCAAAAAAACAGGACAAUCUUUGGAUAUGUUGGGGCCCUAAAAUCAAUUUGCUGUAGGCCCAGUAACAUGUCACAGAACCACUGUUCAGAGCCCUCACAAGGACCCCCU